AUGGUAUACGAAGCACUUAGCAGCAAAAAGACCCAGGAGAUGUAUAAACUUAUACAUUCUCUUAAAUCUGAAGGAAAUAUCAAGUCAGGGUACAACGAGGCGGUAAAAUCGGUUAAAAACAAUACUGCGGUACUCGUGGUCAUUGCCAAAGAUGCAAAUCCUCCUUGUUUGAUAGAUCCACUUCCAGUCCUUUGUGAGCAGAAAGGUGUUCAGUUUGUUUUUGUUGAAUCCAAAACAGCAUUAGGAAAGGCCUGUAGUGUUGAUGUGGAUGUUUUGGCCUGUGCUAUAUUUGUGCCCAAGCAUGAGAACUCCACCCAAAUAUCAAACAAAAUUGCACUAGUACUCAGAUAA